AAAAAGAGAAAAGAAAAUCGUCACCUUCCCUUCUGGUCAAAAUCUUGGAAAAACCUUUUAACAUGUGGCCCAGUUGAUUCGCUCCGACCGGUCACUUUGCGAAAAACACACACCCUCCCCCUUGUUCAGAUAGUUUAUCUUUGUGCAACGGUCUUGUCGCUCACACAACGUUGCUCUUUGGGCCAAAUCAAGGAGAGCGUUCCAAGAGCAGGUAGCCGUGCUUGAAAUACGGGAACAGCCCGGCGCAUGACAGCGGCACCCGGCCUUUUCCACUUCUAGACUUACCUCAUGCGGCUACCCUGAUAUUCUAAUAAAAAAAAAUGCCCGCGUGGUCAUGAGAAGUAUAUGAUGGCCCAGUCAUGUCUCGGCAGAAACGAUGUGCGUAACCCGUGUGAUUUCGUUUAUUUCUGAAGGACCAU